AUGGCGGAUGAAACCAACCUCUCUUCUUCUUCUGGCGAGGACUCAGCCUCUGAGAUAGCCACCAACCCUGGCCCUGGCGCAGCCAAUAUCCCCCAGACUGCCCAUAACCCGUUUGGUUCUGGUAUGGCUAGCAGUACCCAGGUUGUCAACAACCCGUUCGGUUCUGGCACCAUCCAGACCAUCGUCACCCCAUUGGGCUCUGGCCUGAACAACCCUUUCGGUCCUGGCGCGGGUACCAUCCCCCAGGCCGUCAACAACCCGUUCCGUUCUGGUUUGGCCAAUUCCACCCAGACCGUCACCUACCCUUUCGGUCAAGGCACGGGUAUCAACCCCCAGGCCAUCAACAACCCUUUCGGUUCUGGAGUGAGCAGCACCACCCAGACCGCCGCCAACCCUUUCCGUCCUGGCUGGGCUAAUCCCCGCCAGACCAAUAAUCCUUUUGCUUCUGGCCUGACCAAUGGCACCCAGAGCAACAACCCUUUUGUCUCUGGCUGGGGCAUGUCCUCCCAGAUCAACAAUCCUUUCGGUGCUGGUGUGGGCAAUGCAGCCCAGAACACCUACAGCCCUUUCCGUGCCGUCGCCACCGUUGACGCCCCGUUGACCCCCAAUGGGGGAUUGACCAACGGACAUGGCCACGGCCACGAAUGGAGGGCUCCCCGCCCAACCGACUUCAACCCCCUCUACCACCCACCUGACGAUGAGGCCGACGGGGAGGACGAGGAGGAGAAUGAUGAGGAUGAUGAUGAGGAGGAGAAAGAGGAAGAGGAGGAGGAAGCCCCCAAUGGGGUCAUCUCGGCCCUGGAAGCCGCAUUGGACGCCAUCCUGGCGGAGGGUAACGAGGAGGAGGAUUGUGCUGACGACUCCAGCGACGGCGAUGAGGACGCCUACCUGGACGAGGCGUAG